AACCGGAAGCGGAAGUACAGCAGCGUUCCCCCUGAUUUAACGCUCGCUAUUGAGGAAAGCGCUUCAGUCAUUUUUGUAAAUAAAUUUUUUUUGUAUUGAGGUGCUCAAAAUGCCGGAUUUGGCGGUAGAAAAAGUUGUUGUCCAUCCCUUGGUCCUGCUGAGUGUUGUAGAUCAUUUCAACAGAAUUGGAAAAGUUGGAAGCCAGAAACGAGUCGUAGGUGUGCUGCUCGGCUCGUGGCAGAAAAAGAUUCUUGAUGUGUCCAACAGCUUUGCAGUACCUUUUGAUGAAGACGAUAAGGACGACUCUGUGUGGUUCCUGGACCAUGACUACCUGGAGAAUAUGUAUGGAAUGUUCAAGAAAGUCAAUGCCAGAGAAAGAAUAGUCGGUUGGUACCACACCGGUCCAAAACUGCACAAGAACGAUAUUGCAAUCAACGAGCUCAUGAAGCAGUACUGCGCAAACUCGGUUUUGGUCAUUAUUGAUGUGAAACCCAAAGACUUGGGCCUCCCAACUGAAGCCUACAUCUCUGUGGAGGAAGUGCACGACGAUGGAACUCCGACGUCAAAAACGUUCGAGCACGUUACCAGUGAGAUUGGAGCUGAAGAGGCCGAGGAAGUCGGUGUGGAGCAUUUGCUUCGAGACAUCAAGGACACCACUGUAGGCACUCUGUCUCAGCGCAUCACCAAUCAGGUCCACGGUCUAAAAGGCCUCAACUCCAAGCUGUUAGACAUCAAGAGCUACCUGGAGAAGGUCGCCACAGGAAAGCUGCCCAUCAACCAUCAGAUCAUCUACCAGCUGCAGGACGUGUUCAAUUUGUUACCAGACGUCAACCUGCAGGAGUUCAUCAAGGCCUUCUAUCUCAAGACCAACGACCAGAUGCUGGUGGUCUACCUGGCCUCGCUCAUCCGCUCCGUGGUGGCGCUCCACAACCUCAUCAACAACAAGAUCGCAAACCGCGACGCCGAGAAGAAAGAGGGCCAGGAGAAGGACGACAGCAAGAAAGAGAAGAAAGAAGACAAGGACAAGGACAAAGACAAGGAGAAGGAUAAGGACAAGGGCGACUCUGCAGCGAAGAAAGACGACAAAAAGGAAAAGAAAUGAACUUUAAAUCCUGACAUGGACUGACACCAUCUUGGCUAAAAUGAGGAUGUUUGGGUUUCUCCUCUUUUCCUGCAGGUUUAGUCAAGUCUCCGCUCUCUCUUUCGAUAGAGAAUGUAUCAUUUUGCGUUUUCGUUUAAAGGAG